AUGUCGCUCAAGUACCUCGCCCGCGGUGUCGGCGGCGUCGAUGAGAUGCGACACCAUCUCGUUGAGGACAACGUCCUGUACGGUGUCGUGCGAUUGAGGCUCGGGAGGGGAACGUUCGCGCGAUACAAGAGCGUGAUGAUUCAUCACAAUCCAGACUCUGCGCCGGUGGUGCGGCGAGGACGCGCGAACGCGAUGAAACAAAUGGUGGAGGAGCGCCUGUCGCCGAUAGCCAUGAGCGUGACGACGAUGACGAGCGAUGAGGCGACGUCGGACGCGGUGGUGGAGGAGCUCGCGCGGGUGUGCGCGAGAGACGAGAGCGCGGGGCAGACGCCGAGCGACUUUCAGGAGCGAGUCACGACGAUGAAGGCGGAUGUGAAGGAACAGGUGGCGGAGGCGAGGAAGAUGUUAGAGGAAGUGAGAGCGAGAGAGUCGAAGCGGUUACGGAGAUUGACGCUCAGAGAGAUUGAGCGAAAGAUGAGUUUUCGAGAGGUGGCAAACAUCGUCAGGAAUGAAAACGGCGCGUUUAAUUGGUACGUCUUGAGAGCGGACGCAAAUGGAAAUGAGGUCGUCAACGCGGGCGGUGGGUCGUUGGAGGAGAUGAAGUCAACAUCGUUGCCGUCGAACGAAGUUCUUUUCGGGCUGUUGCGGAUGGGAUUCGGUCGCGGGGCUUUUCGGCGCACGAAGCUUGUUUUUUUGCACUGGUCGGGAGAGGACGUGCCCGCGUUGAAGCGUGGACAACUGAACGCGCACGAGGAAGCGAUCCGCAAACUCGUCGGAGCGACCAACGUGAAUCACUUUGCCACGUCGAUUGAUGAGCUCGAUCUGAGCGAGCUCAUCGAGAAAGUGAAGAACAAGGUUGUUCUUGACGGAGAAGCAUGCGAGAACAUGGACGAUUUGUACUCGCUAGAGUCCUUCUUAGUAGCCACCGAAGAAGACGGCGAGGCGCUGAAACGAGAAUUUCCCGAGACGGUGCCUACGAAUCAAAAUGGUACGGACGAGGGCGAGGAACGGGAGCCCACGUUUGGUGAGGCUUUGGCUUCGGUAAACGAUUCGUCACAGCCAUACAACUGGAUGCUGUGCUCUUUGUAA